CACCUAGCGGGCAUCGGCCAUGGCUGAGUGGACGCCUGCCCAGGCGUGGGAAUGGGAAGUGGAGCCUCAGCACCUGGCGCCCUUCCAACCCCCGGCCAUUUUCGACCAAGCAGCCGAGAGAGAGAUCUAUCCGGCGGCUGAGAUCUCCCUCUGGACAGUGGUGGCCGCCCUCCAAGCGGUGGAGAGGAAGGUGGACACCUCGGCCGCUCGCCUGCUCAACCUCGAAAGCCGCACGGCCACUGCCGAGAAGAAGAUCUUCGAGUGCGAGAAGACGGAGCUAGAAUUCGGCAGCCACCUGGCGGCCUUGGGCACCUUGAUCCAGGAAUACCGGGUGCUCCAACGGCGCCUGGAGAACGUGGAGAACCUCCUGAAGAACCGCAACUUCUGGAUUCUCAGGCUCCCCCUCGGUCCGAAAGGGGAGAUCCCCAAGGUCCCUGUGACGUUUGACGAGGAGCAAGCGGUCCAUUUCUCCACGCCGGAAUGGGCCAAGCUGGAGGACUGGCAGAAGGAACUUUACCGGAACAUCACGAGAGGAAGCUACGAGCCGCUUGUCUCUCUCGACUCUGCCAUCGCCAAAGCUGACGUCCUUCCCCCCCAGGCAGCUCUGGGGGUAGCACCCCAUAUUGCAGAUCAGCCCUUGGCGGUGGGAAAGGGACUCCCCCCGGCGGCCAAACCAGCAGAACCAUUGACUUCCAAAGACGAUCUCUUGUCCUGGAUUAAGCAGGAGGAAUCUCCCGGUCCCGGGAAAUGGAAUCUGGAGAGAGAGAUCCCUGCCACCCUCGGCUACGGUGAGUGUGGUCAAAUGGAUCACAGACCUCCAGUAGAAGCCAUGAUGCCAUCUCAUCUGACGUGAUGUCACCAGACUUCCUGGCAUAGCCGACUGGGGAAUUCUGGGAGUUGAAGUCCACUCCUCAAGUGGCCAAGGCUGAGCAACGUGCCUUCAAAAUAUUUUGCACCUCUCUUUUGUCUCCUUCCUCAAACGUUAGCUCUUCUCCUUCG